GACACCUGCAGCAGCUCCAGUGGGACUGUUGUCAUGGUGACGCGUGUACGCGGGCUGUGAAGCGCCCUAAAGUGCGCGCUAAAACACCCGGGAAAGACCCCGUUUACAAGCACCAGUUCACCUGACAACACCGCACUCGACUGAGACACUGCACGCUACAGCGGGAUGAUGAUAAUGAGGGGAAAUCUUUCAGUACAACGUCCAUUUCAGCAGUAGAGCAUCUCAUGUGCGGCUGUUAAAGGGAACGGAGUUUGUUUCUUCAGAGAUGUCUGCGCUGAGUGACUCUGGCUUUGAGGAAGAUCUCCACACUUCUCCAGCAGCGGCUUCAAGGGUCAGACUGACCUCAGACCUGCAGGAGUGUGACUAUGAAGAGAGCUGCUUCAUCAUCCAGAGACACAGUGAACUGCAGUUUCUGGCGCAGAACUGCCUCGCGCGACAACCGCAGAUUACAGCAGAGGCUCGCAGUAAACUGGUGAGCUGGCUCAUAGCGGUACACAGACAGCUCAAACUGUCUUUUGAAUCAUGCUGCUUGGCUGUUAAUAUCAUGGACCGUUUCCUGAUCACAACCUCAGUAGCUGCAGACUGUUUCCAAUUACUGGGAGUGACAUCUCUGCUGAUCGCCACAAAACAGGUUGAAGUGUAUUCGCCUCGCAUCACACAGCUUCUGUCGCUUUGCUGCAAUUCUUUUUCCAGAGAACAGCUGUGCAAUCUUGAGUGCCUGAUCCUUCUCAGACUCAAUUUCAGACUGGCUGCACCUACCCUUGCUUUCUUUCUGGACUAUUUCACCAGUCGCACUACUGGAUGUCAGACUGAUGAAGCCAUGGAUAAGAUGGUCACUACACAGGAUAAAAAUGUAUGGAAGGAGCCUGAGAAGAAGUGGAAAUGGUUGGCAUGCAAAGUCUGUGAACUGAGUUUGGCUGACUACACAUUUAACAAGUAUAUGCCUUCUGUGAUUGUGCUGUGUGCUAUGAAAGUUGCAAAAGAUCUGCUGAAGAUUCAUUCAGUGCAGCCCAUAGACAACAAUGCUGGCUCAUCACAAACACUGGAGUCUUUCUGUUUUCAAGAGUUUCCAACAUUUGAAGCUCAGCUUUUGUUUCAGCAAUGCACAGAAGAUCUGAAAUUGUUAGUUUCUCUUAAUCAAGAUGCAGUCCAGGACUGCAUAUCAUUAUAAAUCAUUAUAUUAGUUCAUUCCAUAAAACGAUCACAUUGACAGUUUGCUAAAACUUACUUAAGUAAUUCACCUGAAGAAAGUUAGCAAAAAAUGCAGAUACUGAAGUGACUGAAUUUUUGCUAUGAAUUUCUCUAUUACAGGGGACCUAUAAUACACAUAAAACAACUUGUAAUGCAGUCAAGCAGUAUUUAUCCCAAAAUUUAUUUAUGCAAAAGUAAGGUUUUAUUUUAAAUGUAUGUGUAUGUAGAAUCCAACUUUUUGAAUUUCUGUUUGUAAAAUUAAAUUGCAAUUCAUGAAAAAAGCAGAACUGAGAGAAUAGCAUGUUUGGAGUCUUUUGGUCAGUAAAGUGUCUUGCAGGCUUGAUGUUAAAAUGAAUCAGGUUCUGAAAGCUCAUAACAUUGGGCUGAGGGAAUCAUCUUUUUAUAUUUGUGCGAUUAUGGGAUUGACUGAUCAACUGUGGGAAUUAAAACAAGAGUAGAAGCUGUAUGUUUAAUGAAAUCUUACAGAUUUCUUCAUUAAAAUGGUAAUAAAUACAUUUUUAAAGGGGAACAGAUUUGGAGAAAUGUAGCAUUAGAUCACUUGCUCACCAAUGGAUCUUCUGCAGUGAAUGGGUGCCGUCAGUAAGAGAAUCCACAAGUAAU